GCCGCGCCAUCUCUGAAGGCGGUUGAGUGGGGUUCCACUGCGCACGCGUCUCCGCUGUGGACUGCGCAGGCGCGGAGAUCGGCGGGCUGUCGUGUGGAGAGCGCGGCCGGAGGGAGAGGAACGGUAGGAGCUGAAGAAUGUCGUAUUACUCCAGAAGCUCCAGGGCUUCAGACUGCAAAGUCUAUGUUGGAGAUUUGGGAACAGGGGCUGCCAAAGGGGAGCUAGAGCGUGCUUUCAGUUACUAUGGCCCCCUCAGAAAUGUGUGGGUAGCACGAAACCCUCCGGGAUUUGCUUUUGUGGAGUUUGAAGACCCCAGGGAUGCAGAAGAUGCCGUGCGUGGGAUGGAUGGCAAGGUCCUUUGCGGAUCAAGGGUGCGUGUUGAGCUAUCAAAUGGGAUGUCGCGCAAAUCGCGCUUUGGCCGCCCUCCUGCUCGGCGCCAGUUUGACCCCAAUGACCGCUGCUACCAGUGCGGUGAGCGCGGCCACUAUGCCUACGAUUGCUACCGUUACAGCAAGAGGAGGCGUGGGAUCAGCCGAUCUCGGUCUAGAUCUCGUUCCCGCUCAAGGUCCAGAUCCAGAGGCCGCCGCUAUACCAGGUCCCGCAGCCGCGAUCGCCGAACUCGUUCCCGUUCUCCUUCGUACUCUAGGAGGAGAAGUCGAUCUCUCACUCCAAUGAGGUCCAAGUCCAGAUCUCCAAUGAGGAGGAGCCCAUCAAGAUCAAGGUCUCGAUCAAGAUCUCUUUCUAUAAAACGAGAAAGUCAUUCCCCGUCGGAAGGUUCUCGGAAGAGCCCAAGUCCCACAAGAGACGACUGAAAUGGACCUUUGUGAAGAGCACAGCAUUGGGGGCCCUCAUCACCUGACAAACCUUUUAACUAACCUAGAUGCUUUAGUGCCUUUUUAUAUGCAUGCAUUCCACAGAAAUGUCACUGCUCUUCAUUUGGUCCAAGUAACUGUUAUUGAAUGUUGUGAAAUAUACUGUAGAGCAUCUGAAGAGCAGCUGCAACAGCUGACAGGGCUUCAGUAAAUAGCUCACAUUUGUAUUAAACGUGACAUCUUCAUCAGAGUAAGGUGAUUCUGCUUCAGUGAAUUUGUUGCAGUGUGUGAAGCUAAUGUUAUGAAGGUUUAAAAAUUGAACGUUUCUAAUGCUUCAGAACUGGUUGACUAUUUUUUGUCUGUUUAGGUUUUUUUCCCCCCCCCCUUCAAUUCCCAAUAAAAAGAAAAAGGCUUAAAAUGUG